GAUUACUUAAAUCCAAGAAAAAGGUAAUUUGCACAGCAGAAGGGCAGCAAUCAUCAGUAUGCGACCCGUAAACGGCGACCUCAGUACUAACGGAUGCCUCUACUCCAAACACCUUGAUGGAGGAGGACACUUUAAGGAUCAUUAAUCUCUCAACAUACUCACUUACACCAAUGGAAAGAUCAGUGCUGACAGCUGUGCUUUAGAGCAUUAUAUGCUCAACCUUCCCUUGUACAACAACUACCUGAGGACGAAAGAGGUGUCUUCAUGGAUCUGAUGGAUCUAUUGAAAGAAAGUGAGGGUCAUGAUAGUGGAAAUUAAGAAACUACAAGCGAAUAAAAUCCAGGAUAAAAACCUGUCUAAGGCAGAAUUGUUGGCGAUCAGGGGUUUACAGAACAAUGCGGCUUUUGUCAUUAAGGAGGCGGACAAAAGAGCCUUAUGUUUUGGGUCUUCAAUCGCAUCUUAGGAACUCCAUGCAGCUGGUACAACAUCUACAGGAGAUGCAUCUUCCACCUGGGACAUUGAUACUCACGUGUGACGUUGAGUCCCUCUACUCAAACAUCUCGCACAGUGAUGGUCUACAAGCCAUCCAGUACUUUUUCCAAAAAUCAGCCUAUGGGGAUCCGGCACACCACACAUUAAUGGGCACAGUUGAACAGUGUACCGAGUUUGUUAGCUUGUUGAAUACCAACUCACUCAACAUCUCACUCACCUAUAAGAUCUCGGACACUAUUGCUGACUUUCUGGACUUGCGAUUGAAACUGGAUGAACAGGGCAUUCGCACAUCACUUUUCCGCAAGGAAACUGCAACAAAUAGCCUGUUACAUUUCAACAGUUUCCACCCGGCCCACCUGCGGAGAGGGAUUCCUAAGGGCCAGUUCCUAAGACUACGCCGUAACUGUACCACCACCCCUGACUUCAGUGAGGCCUCUAUUGAUUUGACCAACAGAUUCAGAGCACGUGGCUACCCGAAGAAAGUCAUAUAUGGGGCUUUUGAAAGGGCAAAGACAACUGACCGUCUGGAACUGUUGAAAUCCAAACCUAAACCCCGGAAUACCCAGGUCCAUCUUAUCACCAAAUACAACAACCAAUGGCGUGAUUUGUACACAAUACUAAAUGCACAUUGGCAUCUCCUAUUGGCGGAUCCCAAGCUGAGUGAUCAUGUAAAUCCAACUCCGAAGAUCAUUGCACGCAGAGCCCCAAACCUACGGGAUAAAUUGGCUUCCGGCGGUGAUAUCAUUGAAUAAUUACAUCAACUGUCGUACAAGAAAUGUAAUAUACGCACUUAUUUGUGAGUGUGGGAAGUUAUAUGUGGGUCAGACUGGCCAGGAAGUACGGAAACGUAUUCAACAACAUCUAUCAAACAUCGCCUUGGCCCGACGGGACAGGACUCGAGCAAAGAAACCAUUAACCUCAGUCGCUGCACAUUUCCUGGACUGUCACCAGUGUAUGAUCUCCGGACUCAGGAUUGCGGGACUUGACCUGGUACGCAUGAAUUUGAGGGGAGGAUCGGCUGCCUCUCAACUACUGCGUCUCGAAUCCAAAUGGAUUUUCAAUCUGGACACAGUUGCUCCACAUGGAUUAAAUGAGGAACUUACGUUCACUGGUUUCUACCAUACUUGAUAUGGAGGGUGGAUCCUAAACCCUCAUGGUUGGGGGCCAUCCACUAUUCCCCUACUUAGGCAGUCGGGAUGUAUCUUACAAACCACGGCGAGAACACAGGAAUAGCAACAUACAUUCCUUAUGCCCUUUGAGCACUAACAGUGGGGGCAUAUUUGGGGGGGGCCCUUGCUUUAUGUGGAGGUAUCUAUGCUAUUUUAUCCUAUAGUGCGCCAUCUAGCCAUUGCAUUGAGACGGGCAAUUGCCAUAUAUUAUGGUACAAAUGGGGCACGGAAUAACUAUUGCCUCUACGGGGGCUCUAUACGGGGGCUGCAGUCAGGGCAUAGAUUAUGAAAGUCUUAUGUUUAAUAUUAUUAUGGGUAUCUUGUUUAAUGAUUUAAUUUCCGAUUUGCACUAACCCCUUUAUGUCAUUCUUUACAGGUUUUUCUCACCUCUUCACCUUCAUCACUACUGCGCACGCACGUUUCGGGCACUAUUGUAUCCACCAUGCUUUUCACUUCCACACUUGUGGUCUUUUUACUUUGGUCUCACUUUAUCACAUUUCCCUUCUAUUUUACGUCCUUCAUGGAUCUUGGAUUUUAUACUAGGGUCAUCCAUUAUUACGCAUGUGUAUAUUAUACAUGUAUAUUACUGUUCACUUCAAUUAAUGAUCAUGUUCAUCAAGGGAUGUGUAUUAGUUGUAUAUAAUUUAUGUCCAUGUCCUCUCUAUAUAUUGUAUGCAUGAAUUGUGUAUACAAUAUACAUGCUCUAUUUUCCAUCAGUGUGUUCAUUGCCAUGUAUUUUUUAUUAUUAUAUCAUUAU